AUUCGCCCCACUCGAUCUGCUGGGCAACGCCUUCCUGUGUGCCGGCUCUCGGACCCAGUCUCGGACCCAGUCUUUGAUCCCCUCGAUCCUGCCCCACGGCUGCUCAACCAGCACCGACUUUGCCGAUCACCGAAGAGACGGUGUGUCGUCGUUCUGCCAAUAUUCCUUUCGUCCAAAGCCCUCCUUGUCAAGCAUCUCCAGUGCCAAAUGGCCGAAUCGCCCAAUCCUGCUCCGUCCAGGGCCGAGCUGGCCCGCAAGCGCUUUGUCGGCUCGGCUCGGAGUCAGACCGCCUCCACUCCCGAUACAACGGCCGUCACGGUGUCAGCCUCGGCGGGAUCUAAGAUCGUCCGGCCGAUCAACCAGAUUCCAGAGAGUAUCCUCAAUGACGCCCAACUGAAUGAGGCGAUUGCCCAGCUUCCCAGGAACUACAACUUUGAGAUCCACAAAACCAUCUGGAACAUCCAGCGGCAGCAAGCAAAGAAAGUCGCGCUCCAGUUCCCCGAAGGCUUGCAGAUGUUUGCCUGUGUGAUCUCGGAUAUUAUCGAAAGAUUCGCCGGGGUCGAGACGCUGAUCAUGGGUGAUGUCACAUACGGCGCCUGCUGCGUCGAUGACUUUACAGCCCUGGCGCUCGGCUGCGACUACAUGGUCCACUACGGCCACAGCUGUCUCGUUCCGGUGGAUGUGACCACGAUCAAGACCAUGUAUGUCUUUGUCGACAUUGGUAUUGAUGUGCACCAUUUUGUCGAGACGGUCAAGUACAAUAUCGAGAAGGGCAAGAGGCUGGUGAUUGUGGCGACGAUCCAGUUUGUGACCUCGUUGCAGGGUGCCAAAGCCGAGCUCGAGCACGACUACACCGUGGCGAUUCCACAGUCCAAGCCUCUGUCUCCAGGCGAAAUUCUCGGAUGCACAGCUCCGAAGCUGACCGGUCAUGACUGCAUCAUAUAUCUGGGUGACGGUCGCUUUCAUCUCGAAGCCAUCAUGAUCGCCAAUCCCGAGUUGCCCGCGUACCGCUACGACCCGUAUUCCAAGGUCUUUACGCGUGAACGGUAUAACCAUGACGAGAUGCGGUCAGCGCGCCAGCAUGCCAUCGAACAGGCGAGGGGGGGCAAGAAGUUUGGCUUAAUACUUGGAACGCUGGGCCGCCAAGGGAGCCCCAAGGUGCUUGAGCACCUCGAGUCACAGUUGGUUUCGCGCCGCAUCCCAUACGUCACUGUGCUGCUGUCGGAGAUCUUCCCGUCCAAGCUGGCCCAGUUCCCAAACGUCGACGUCUGGAUCCAGGUCGCUUGUCCUCGACUCUCGAUUGAUUGGGGAUACGCCUUUCCCAAGCCCCUGCUGACCCCGUACGAGGCAGCGGUGCUGAUGGGCUCGGCAGAGUGGCAGUCGGUAUAUCCAAUGGACUUUUACGCUCGGGAUUCGCUGGGUCCGUGGACGCCCAACCACGCACCACCCAAGGAGCGCCGACAAAAGGCUCAAUAGCCUGGCAUGGGCCAACACGCGCCACCUUUCUCCGGGCGGCUCGCCAUGGAGGAGAGGAUCGCAUCCCCGCGCACUACCCAGAUGCAAAAGACGACAUUGCUGGAGAAUAAAAGCCGCCGCCGAUGCAGCAUCAAGGCA